CGACUGCCAAUAUUUCCGCCCCUGCUCCUGUGCUGAACGGAUCUAUGAGGAAGCCUGUAAAUGGACUGUAAAACGAGGCUGGCCUGAUUGCUUUGACUGACCCUCCACUCGUCUCCUGCUCCUCUCAGCUCUAAUCGAAGCAGGGCAUGGAUGGAAACUUGUCUCCGCUUGUGAUCCUGUGUGUAGCCCUGCUGCCUAACGACCUGCUGCUCUCCUCAGCUGCCUUUCUGGAGCCUUUCGACCUGUUGUAUGAUACCGCUGUACAUGCUUUCUACAGCAGCGACUAUGAGAGCGUGGUGCGCUACAUGGAGGGAGCGCUCAGCAGCCACAGAGAAGCCCGGCGCACCAGGGUCCGGUGCCGGCUGAGGUGCCAGGACCAGCACCCGUUUGAUGAAACCUUCUCAGACCUUCGCUUCUUUGACGGGGUGCUGCGCAGGGCUGCGUGCAUGAACGCAUGCAUAGAGGCGAAACUUGGCAUCCAGUCUGUGCAUAAAGUUAGUGAUGAGGUCACACAGGACUUCAACAGGAGGAUCCCCUACAACUAUCUCCAGCUGGCUUAUCAGAAGCUGAAGCAGCCUGAAAAGGCGGCAGCAGCGGCUCAUACCUACUUCCAGGCCAAUCCAGAACAUGUGGAGAUGGGCCAACACCUUGAACAGUACAAAGACCUGCAGGGUGUAGAAGAAAACCAGUUUGUGGACUGGGAAGCCCGGCCACACCAGCAAUCGUUCACGGAGGCUGUAAAGUUAUACGACAGAGGCGACCAUGAAGGAGCUGUAACUCUGUUCGAGGAUGCUUUGGUGGAAUACUACAAAGCUGAUGUGGACUGUCGGGCCCUGUGCCAGGGUCCGCAGAAAUUUGAAGGCCACAGUCACAUACGUUACCGUUACAGCCUACAUGAAGUCAUGUCAGAUCACUUCACUCAGGUGUUGCACUGUGAACACGAGUGUGUCCGAGACCUUGCUACCCGUCCAGGCCGCCUCUCUCCCAUGGAGAACUACCUGCCUCUUCACUAUGACUACCUUCAGUUUGCCUAUUUUAAAGUCAACAUGCUGGAGGAGGCGCUGCGGUGCGCUCUGACCUACCUUCUGUUUCACGAGGGAGACGAGUUCAUGACGGACAACGUGGAUUACUACAGAGAAGUCCUGGGAUAUGAUGGCAGCCCACGAGAGGAAGCUGAACGGUACCUGACGAGGCACCGACUCGAACUGGAGCUCCUUCUAAUGGGCAGCAAAAUAAUGGGUGUUGACUUCACAGAAGGGAAUUACUGGAGUAGCACAGGUGGAAGGGAUGAUUCUAACAGGAUUCCUUCUGGCACUGAUGGUUGGAUGGAGUACGUUCCCAUCUCAGAGAAGAAGAACAUGACUGUGAUUGUUUCACAGCAGCUUAAAGAAGGUGGCCACUUGUUAUAUGACAGUGUGCAGCUGGUGCAGAACUCUGCGGCUUUAAACGGGACCCAGCGGGUGCUCCUCGAUCAGGUUAUAUCUGAGGAGAAGUGUGCAGAGCUCAGAAACCUGGCACAUGCUGUCACCAUGGCAGGAGACGGUUACAGAGGGAGGAUGUCUCCACACACUCCUAACGAGAAGUUUGAAGGAGCCACUGUACUGAAAACUCUGCAGUACGGAUACGAGGGCAGAGUGCCCAUGAGCAGCGCUCGACUCUUCUAUGAUACCAGCGAGCGAGUCAGAAGGAUCGUGGAGUCCUACUUCAUGCUGAACACUACGCUGCACUUCUCCUACACACACCUGGUUUGUCGGACAGCCAUCACAGGCCAACAAGAUCAUAGAAAUGACCUGAGCCAUCCCAUCCAUGCUGACAACUGUCUGUUGGAUCCGGACGCCAACGAGUGUUGGAAAGAACCACCUGCAUACACAUACAGAGACUACAGUGCUCUGUUAUAUCUAAAUGGAGAUUUUGAUGGAGGAGAGUUUAUAUUCACAGAAAUGGAUGCCAAAACAGUCACGGCAUCAAUAAAACCAAAGUGUGGUCGGUUGGUGGGUUUCUCAUCAGGGGGAGAGAAUCCACAUGGCGUGAAAGCCGUCACCGGUGGGCAGAGGUGUGCUGUGGCUCUGUGGUUCACCUUAGAUCCGCUCUACAGAGAACUGGAGAGGCUGCAGGCAGAUGAGGUGAUCCAAGCUUUGGACACAAAGUCUGUUUGGGGUCACGGCCUUAACAUCAACCCUAAAGAUGAACUUUGAAGCAGUAUAACAAACACAUUUCUUUCCUAUCCUUUUCAAUGAAACUCCUCAAUAACGUUUACUAUUUAUUGAAUGAUGUUCAGAACAUUUCUAUUUUUGUGUUGUGCUAUACUGAAGUGCAACGUUAAUAAAAGUGUUUUUGUGUUGUCAGUUUUAUGUUUUUCAUCACAUUUGUGCUUACUUUUUGAUCCUUAAUUUUCCAGUUAUGUCUUAUUGCUUGGUGUAUUUUCUUCUGUGAACUGUGAAGUUGAUGUUUCACUGUUUUGGGUUGGGAUUGUUUCUGAUCUUCGCAAAUAACUGAAUCAAGAAUGAGAUUUUUACUGGUCGGGUACAAAGUAUGUCUGAUACCUUUACCACAACUAGUUCUGCUAUAUAUAUAUAUAUAUAUAUAUAUAUAUAUAUAUAUAUAUUACUAACACUAAGAUGUUACUCAGUUUUUCAAAUUGCCAGUAAUAACUAUUUACAAAGUAGGUGGUACACUGCUUUUCUAUUUCAGAAAUGGCAAUAAUUGAAACUUCUUCCAUGCUGAAUACAUUAUUUUUUUAACACAGCAUAGUACAGUUUUGCACAUUCAGUGAAAUGAGAAUGGCGAGCGUAUGUGUUUCAUAUUUAUUUAUGUCUUUAUAUUUUUGCAUUUGAAAUGAAAACAUGUUUUCCAUAAAAGAUGCCAGUUGUUCCUGUUUCAAGGAAUAUAUAUUUUAUAUUUAAACAUGUUUGUGUUUAUGAUGAUGAUGAUAAUGAUGAUGCACUGUAAAUCCAAACAUAAAGGAGUAGCUUUGUGUUCUUAUGUGCUCACCAGAAUUGUAUUAGUGCCUAAAAAGGCUGGCCACUUCUUUUUAAAGAUUAUGUAAUGUGGAUGAAAUGGAUUUGUAUAUGCAUACAAAUAAAAAAAUAUUUAAAGUG